AUGGGGGGCAAGCAGAGCACUACAGGGCGGCCCCGGGGCACGUUUCCAGGGGUGUCCACAGAUGACAGCGCGGUUCCGCCUUCAGCGCACUUUGGUCAUUACCGGUCCAGCGGCACCAUGGGCCUGCGCAGCCGCUCCGUGAGUUCCGUAGCCGGCAUGGGGAUUGACCACAGCGCUUCUGUGCCCUUUGGCUUCUAUCCUCCCAGAGGGACGGACUCAGAGAGAGUCGGAGGGGGGUCUGGCACCACUGCCCCUCACGGUACGGGAUACCAGGACUCUGGGGGCGGAGGGCAUCACACGGACGGGGUGCUUUAUCUGGGGUCCCGGGGGUCGCUGGCAGACACCUUGCCCCUGCACAUCACGCCCCGGUGGUUCAGCGCACACAGCGAUGAACAGGUGAGGCUGUUUUCCUCCAUGUUGUGUGCGAUGGUCGCCCGAGGGACACUGAGGGACAUGGCCGUCUGA